UCUCUCACAUCCCCCCAAGAUCUCUCCUGCCUCCCACCACGAACCAACCCAUCUCGUCUCUCUUGUUUCCGGUGAUUGCAGCGUCUUCUCCAUCUCCGUUCGGCUCUUCUUCUUCGGCGUGUCACCAUCUGAAGCUAUUGAGUUGACUCCCUGCCCCGAUGUCCCCUUCCUUUUCUUCUCCGUCUCCGUUCAGCCGCACAAGUCUCUCUCUUCUCUCUCGCAGGUGGAGAAGGGGGGAAAGGUAGGGAAACGCUAGGGUUUUGGCUUUGCACCAUGGGCGCAAGCUAGAAUCCAUCCUUCAUACUCAUCUGCUUGUUUUAGAUUAUUUCCCUCCUUGUUCACGGGCUCAAUUUAGGGUUUACAUCUGAGUUUUACUUUCUCCUUAUCAAAUUCUUGGUUCUUUUAGCGGAGGGUAGAGAGCGGCCUCUCUAACCGGAACAAAUUUCACAACACUGGCUCGCGAUUCGCAAAGUCGCAAGGCAGAAGUCGCGACUUUUGUUUCCAUAGACUGAUAACUGUUCGUUUGCCGGUUAACUAGUGCGCCAAGUUAACCGAGGAAGAGGAGAAACAGUUGGAACUUGGGAAGGACGGACGUUGGGGUUAGGGCAAUGGCAGGAGCGGGGCCAUGUGUGUUCUGUCAGAUUGCUUCUUCUUCCACCUCUACCCAACUCCUCCACUCUGAUGAGAAGGUUGUCGCAUUUCAAGAUAUCAACCCUUCCGCGUUCAAGCAUUAUCUUGUCAUUCCUGUGGAGCACAUUUCAACAGUCAAAGACCUCCAAAGGAGAAUGGCAGAUUAUCAAUUGGUGAGCCAUAUGUUGGAUGUGGGACAAACUCUACUACAUAGAGAUGCUCCAGACUCCAAGCAGUAUAGGUAUUGUUUCUUCAUCAGAAAAACAAAUGUUCUUUAUUGAGUGUGGGUUCAUGCUGUUAUGUACAUUUACUACUGGGGUAUUUAUGUUUUUUCCCCUGCAGUACAGUUGGCAGUGAUGCUCUUUGUUAGUGAUCACGAAUUCACUAUAGGGGGAGUGUCCCUAUUGUGAUAUAGGUUAGCUUAGUUAGUAGUUUGCUGUUAGUUAAAGGCAUUCUCAACCUUCUCUGUCAAGGAUGGAAAACUAUUGACCUGUUCUCAACAAAUGAAAUGCAAACAAAUCAAAAUUUUCCGAGGCAUGUCCCUUUGAAAUUUGUGAAUGAAAGGGGCGGUCAAUUUCCUUAUGACAUGUAUGAUGCGGGGUUGCAUUUGGAAUUUUUGAUAAUUUUCAUUUCAUUAGAUUAUAACUUGUGAGAAUGGAAGUUGAUUAACAGAUUUGAUGCAUUCAAUGGAUGAAUAGAUCAUGGAUUUGACUCUUAAGUUAAUCUCAUUGUUUCUUGUUUCUAUGUUUGCCUCUUAUAGAUCAUGGAUGAUCAUGUGGGGAGGCAUGACUUGGUUUCAUGCAAUGCAAUGAAUAAAAUAAUGCUUCAAAGGAGUCUCCCAGAUCCAAACAAUACAGAGUUGACACACUGAAAGAAUGGAUCAGCAAGUUGGGGAAAAAAGGCUGAUAGUUUCACACAUGGAGUUCGUGGAUGAGAUUCCUUCAGAUGGAAAUAAACCCUCCAAACGUAUUGUGUGGAGGGACCUCCCUGUUUUUUGCCUUGUUUUUCUUAUUUGUUGGAAUCAUAAUUGGAUAUUGUAUUCCCCACUGAAUCUUCUAUGUAACACUUGACGAUGUAAGUUUAUGAAUUAGUAACUUAUUUCAAUGAGAUUUACCUUUUUAUUAA